CCCUUUCUCAUCCUCCUCCAGCUUCGCCUGCCCGUCUGUCUGACUGACUGCCCAACAAGAAAUGUUGGCAAAACACCCCCUCCUCAUCGUGUAGAAAAAAAUGGCGGACAAGCGCUAAAUCCACACCAGAAACAAACACACACGUUACAAAGCAAGGCGGAAAAAACAAGGAGCGGGCCGCUUUAAUUUGGACGCCAGCCCCCCUCUCCUCUCCUCGCCUCUCCUCCUCCUCCUCCCCAGUUGGCGGAGGAAAAAGGCGCACUUCUAUUGAAAAGGAAACCAUCCGGAGGGGAGAGACGCCGCUGCUGAACGGUUAUGAAGUUUUAAGAGUGAAGGCCGCUGUUGUGUUGUGAGCUUGGUCAGUAUUGCUGGAGCAUGAGGAAACCUGUGCCACAGAAAGCUAUAGAGUGGAAAGAUGCCCGAAGGAUCAAGCAUGCCCGGAGUGGACGGCCCUCCCGGGUGCCCUCACAGUACCAAGGUCAUUUCAGUUGGGAGAAAUACCUGAAAGAGACGGGUGCCGUCGCUGCACCCUCGUCUUGUUUCAGACAGAGCCUCACACCUCCACUUAACGAGUUCAAGGCAGGGAUGAAGCUGGAGGCCCAGGACCCACGAAACACCACGUCCACCUGCAUCGCCACGGUGGUGGGCCUGACAGGCUCACGGCUGCGGCUGCGCUUGGACGGGUCUGACAACAAGAAUGACUUCUGGCGCCUGGUGGACUCCUCGGAGAUCCAGCCAAUCGGCAACUGUGAGAAGAACGGGGGCAUGUUACAGCCACCACUGGGUUUCCGUCUCAAUGCUUCCUCCUGGCCCAUGUUCCUGUUAAAAACAUUAAAUGGAGCUGAAAUGGCACCCUCUCGCAUCUUUCACAAGCAGGAGCCUCCCGCCCCAGAGCAGAACUCCUUCCAGGUAGGAAUGAAGCUGGAGGCGGUGGACCGUAAAAAUCCUCACUUUAUCUGCCCGGCCACAGUGGGUGCCCUGCGUGGUGUCGAGGUGCUGGUCACCUUUGACGGUUGGCGGGGGGCCUUUGACUACUACUGCCGCUAUGACUCGCGUGACAUCUUCCCUGUUGGCUGGUGCAGCCUAACUGGAGACAACCUUCAGCCGCCUGGCACCAAAGUAGUGUUGCCUAAGAGCCUCGGGGCAUUGACAGACGGGAGUGUGGAGAGCCCAGCCAUGCACCCCACCCCCACGGUGGGCAGACCUCCAGGUCAGAGAGGUCGGAAGCCAGGCCGCAGGAAAACCAAGAUGACGGGGCUCUGGAGUCAGAAGAGCGCAGCGUUGGGACCACAGAGCAUCCAGCCAGGCAAAGGCCUGGAGACCAUCAAGGUCCCAAAGAAACGAGGGCCUAAGCCUGGCAGCAAGUUGGGCUGGGCAAAGAGAGCAGGCUGGCUAGAAGAUGCCAUGGCUGGCCCGGGACGACCAGUGACAGGCCCGGGGCGUACCAGAGGCCGAUUGCCUGCCAACUGGGCACAGAGGAUAGCUCUGCAGCAGGCCCAGACUCAGGCAGAUCCUAUCAAGAUCCCAAAGAAAAGAGGGCCAAAGCCGGGCAGCAAGAGAAAACCACGUGUGGUACCUAAUCCAGUCCCCACGUCUCCCACCAGCAGCACCCCAGAGCCCGACACCAGCACUGUGCCUCUGGACAACGCCACCAUCCCCAACUCUGCACUUCAGGCUCCCACAGUUUGUGUUUACCUAAACAAGUACGGCAAAGUGGGACCCCAUUUGGACCAGCGGCGCAUCCAGCAACUCCCUGACCACUUUGGGCCAGGCCGGGCGUCUUCGGUACUUCAGCAGUGUGUUCAAGCUUGUGUGGACUCUGCCCACAACCAGGGCACCGUGUUCUCCUGCCUCAAGUCUGGACAAGGAGGCGAAGUCAUUUCAGCUUUCUUUGACCAGCAGCAGCACACCCUGACCCUUCCCACAGUCAGCAGUGUUACCUACGUCCUCCGUUUCCUUGAAAAGCUCUGCCACAACCUUCACUGCGACCCUCUGUUUGGAAGCCAGCCUGUAGCCAGAGGAGGCCUGCACUACGACAGUCACACGUACAACACAGAACGGAGAAGUUUUGGCGACAGUCUGACGAUGGGCCCAGGCCGAGGCAGCAAGCGCUUCCUGCAGGACUACAACAGUCCCAUUCCUCAGAAACUGGCCAAAAUCGCCCGACACUCCACUGAUGGCGAGUCCUUCAUGGAGAACAGUGUUGCUGCACCAGAGCACUUAAAGAAGAGCCCUCUCUCGCCAAACUCUACGGUACAAACUCCCGGCCUGAGGUCUCCCUCCAAGCUGCUGCAUCACAACAACUCUACAGGCUCAGGCAGUUUCCGGGAAAGCCCGAGGCCCAGCGGUCAGGACCCAAACCUGUGGACAGUGGAGGACGUCAUGCAGUAUAUCAGAGAUAUCGAUCCAGUGCUGGCUCCACAUGCUGACCUCUUCAGAAAACACGAGAUUGAUGGCAAAGCACUCCUGUUGCUGCGAAGCGACAUGAUGAUGAAAUACAUGGGCUUGAAGCUCGGCCCCGCCCUCAAACUCACCUUCCACAUCGACAAGCUCAAACGGGUUUGAGGACUUAACUCCAACCCCAUCUCCCUGUUCUAGGAUCAGUAUAUCAUGCACUGCAUAUCGGACAUAUUCUGACCAUUUACAUGUAGCAGCUUCCAUCAAUAUCUGGUAUUAUAUACCCCUGUCCUGACCUCAUCCAAUGAGGAAUGUUUAUUUUUGUGUAGCACAAUCCAGCCCUAAGGCAGCAUGGGAUACGUAGGAUUACCCACUUGUCCGUCAUCUGUUUUGCAUUUCAGUAUAACUUGAAGAGUCAUAUGUGGCCAUUUCAACUGUAAAAGGCUUUUUGUGGCCUGCUUUUAUUAUGUUACAUUUAUUCUGUACAUUUCAUAUUUUGUACUUCACGGAUAUAUGGACUUGUAUUUUUGCCUUUUUCAGCGGUUUGUGUUGGAUAUGCUAAAAAGAAAGAAAACCCUAAAGGAAGAAAAGAAAACACUACAUUCAUCCCAAUAGUUGGGAACGCUUCUGAUUAAUGUCUCUGUUUGAGGCCCAAUUUUUGCAACUACAAUAAUAUUAAUUAUACUUAGAAAAACAUGUUUUAUGAAAGGAUAAAAAAAACACUUUAUUCUAAAAAUACUGCCAUGAGGAAAUCUGUUUCUUUUCUCUUAUUCUGGAUGUUGUUUACAAUGCCUUGUCUCGUCUUUGUUAUUUGUACUUUUUUAAUUUUUUAUACUAUAUUAUUAGAGUUCCUACAUGGAGAACCCUAUCAUACUUAACAUUGUUCAAUAAAUAUAUAAUAAUUCGA